AUGAAGUCCCCUGAGACAAGGAGUCUUUUUUUAGAAGGACACCUGACCAAGACGAUAGCUUUACGACAGGGGACCCAAAUGAGAAAUUCAGUGUUUUCCUGGGACCCAAGCUCAUGAAAACAUGGCACCUUUUGCCAUUAGUGAGAUUUGGUUGGGGGAUCCCCACCACCACCUCCUCUGGAAAAAAACAACAACAUUUUAGUGGCCUCCCUCUUGACGGCGGAGAGACAUUUUAGUUUUAAAGUUAAUUUGCUGAAAAGAUAAACAACGUGCUGAACUCCACCUUACAUAAACUUAAAUUGGGUGUUGGAUCCUCGUGUAUAAUCCAAAGAACAGAAAUAGGAUAGCACUCCGCUAAAUAAACCUACAUUUACAUAUUUGUAUUGCCGCACAAACGUUUGGGGUAUGAGCCCUUCAGCAAUGGCAAUCAACGUCACAACAACAACACUACACAGGUUGGGCGUCAUGAUACAUUCCCAGUCAGUAUUGGCCCAAUGAAGAUAUCCCAGCAGAUGGAUCUGUGCGGGAAAGUUAAUUUCCUGCAAUUCUACACAUUUUUGCCACAGGGCGGAGAGAAAAUGCGGCAAUUUUUACAGCUAAUUUCCUGCAAUUCUACCCAUUUUGCAGUUUUUAAAGCUAAUUUCCUGCAAUUUUAGACGUUUUUGUCAUGACUUAUGCCUUGUUAAUAUGAUAUCUGAGUGAGAAUGACUAACAAAGUCAAUGGGGGCCCCCUGGAGGUCAGGGCCCCUGGAGGUCAGGGCCCCUGGAGGUCAGGGCCCCUGGGCACAUGCCCUGCGUGCCGGGUCGGUAUUCAGCCAUGAUUACCACAAGUUUAGAUGGCUGGCUAGACUAAUUUUCCAAUCUAAAAAUUGUUAGCUGACAUGGCUAAUUGAGUUACUGUCAGUCACUGAUAUAACAAGAGAAACUGCUGAUGCACAACCAAAUUUUGAAAAUUGCAGCUUGUGUAUUCUACUAUUCUAAAGUAAGUUGAGAUCCCUACUGAGACCCUAUUCCCACUAUGAGAGAUGAAGAGUCUGAGGAGCGGAGUGGCAAAAGAUUUCUACAUUUCAAUUGAUAUAACUUGGAUGGAAAAUGACUGAGGAUAAUAGCAGACAAUAUUGCCACUCCUAUUUGCCAUAUCUUCAAACUAAGCCUAUUAGAAAGUGUGCCCUCAGGCCUGGAGGGAAGCAAAAGUCAUUCUGCUACCUAAGAAUAGUGAAGCCCCCUUUACUGGCUCAAACAGCCGACCAAUCAGCCUGUUACCAACUCUUAGUAAACUUUUGAAAAAAUGGUUUGACCAGAUACAAUGCUAUUUUACUGUAAACAAAUUGACAACAGACUUUCAGCACGCUUAUAGAGAAGGACAUUUAACAAGCACAGCACUUACACAAAUGACUGAUGAUUGGCUGAGAGAAAUGCAUGAUGAAAAGAGUGUGGAAGCUGUUUUAUUAGACUUUAGUGCGGCUUUUGACAUCGGUCAUAGUCUGCUGAUGGAAAAAUGUAUGUGUUGUGGCUUUACACCCCCUGCUAUAUUGUGGAUAAAAAGUUACCUGUCUAACAGAACACAGAGGGUGUUCUUUAAUGGAAGCCUCUCCAACAUAAUCCAGGUAGAAUCAGGAAUUCCCCAGGGCAGCUGUCUAGGUCCCUUACUAUUUUCAAUUUUUACUAAUGACCUGCCACUGGCCUUGAGUAAAGCCAAUGUGUCUAUGUAUGCGGAUGACUAUACACGUCAGCUACUACAGCGAGGGAAAUCACUGAAACACUUAACUAAGAGCAGCAAUUUGUUUCAGAAUGGUUGGCAAGGAAUAAGUUAGUCCUAAACAUUUCAAAAGCAUUGUAUUUGGGACAAAUCAUUCACUAAACCAUUAACCUCAACUAAAUCUUGAAAUAAUUAAUGUGGAAAUUGAGCAAAUUGAGUAACCCUGGGUUGUAAACUGUCAUGGUCAAAACCUGUUGAUACAACAGUAGCUAAGAUGGGGAGAAGUCUGUCCAUAAUAAAGCGCUGUUCUGCAUUCUUAACAGCAGGUCCUAGUUUUUGUCGCACCUGGACUACUGUUCAGUCGUGUGGUCAGGUGCCACAAAGAGGGUCCUCGGAAAAUUAAAAUUGGCUCAGGACAGCACGGCUGGCCCUUAAAUGUACUUUUUUUUUUAUUUAACCUUUAUUUAACUAGGCAAGUCAGUUAAGAACAAAUUCUUAUUUACAAUGAUGGCCUACACUGGCCAAACCCGCCCUAUGGUACAAGGAGGGCUAACAUUGAUAAUAUGCAUGUAAAUCUCUCAUGGCUCAAAGUGGAGGAGAGAUUGACUUCAUUACUUGUUUUUGUAAGAAGUGUUGACAUGCUGAAUGCACCGAUGUGUCUGGUUUAAGCUACUAGCACACAGCUCGGACACCCAUGCAUACCCCACAAGACUUUGCCACCAGAGGUCUCUUCACAGUCCCCAAGUCCAGAACAGACUAUGGAAGGUGCACAGUACUACAUAGAGCCAUGACUACAUGGAACUCUAUUCCACAUCAGGUAACUGAUGCAGUAGAAUCAGAUUUAAAAACAGGUAAAAAUACACCUUAUGGAACAGUGGGGACUGUGAAGAGACACACUCAGGCACAGACACAUGAUAAGACACGCACUCUACACACAUGUGCACGUGCACAUGGAUGUUGUAUUGUAAAUAUGUGGUGGUGGAGUGGUGGCCUGAGGGAACACACUGAAUGUGUUGGGUAAGGUGUUAUGAUAUUUAAUGUCAUGUAGUAUUUUAAACUGUAUGUAACGGUCUUAUGUUGCUGGACCCCAGGAAGAGUAGCUGCUGCCUUGGCAGGAACUAAUGGGGAUCCAUAAUAAACCCCAGGAAGAGUAGCUGCUGCCUUGGCAGGAACUAAUGGGGAUCCAUAAUAAACCCCAGGAAGAGUAGCUGCUGCCUUGGCAGGAACUAAUGGGGAUCCAUAAUAUAUACAAAUGACAUCCUUGCCUUACCGUUCGUUGUGGCUGGCAACGCGACAUUCUUGGUCCAUAACUCACAUUGACCGUAAAUAUCACAGUAGCCACUAGCCAGUAAGCACAAACUAUUUAACAAUCAAAGCUUUUCUUUCUAAAACAUAUUACAAUAUUGAAUAAUGCAAUCAAACCAUAUUACACUCUUGAAUAAUGCAACAAUCCACAAACGUACAGACAAUUAAGUUUAUUUUCUCGUCAGUACACAUUCAAUUAGCUGACAAUACACAGCUAACUCCUGCUAGCUAAUUAACAUGAUCAAGUAACGUUAGCAUAUCAAUAAUGAACGCUUACCCCUCCCAUACAAAUAUAAAAGUGCAGUAACGUUAUCAUGCAGUGGAAUUCAUAUUAUAAUACAGGCUACACUGCUAGGUAACCUUAGCUAGCUAGCAAGCGCGCUAGCUAAACAAAAUAAUGUCUGCAUCCUCACAUAAACGUGCUGGCUAUUAGCUGAAUGUAUAGCUGGGCGAUAUAUAGAUAUUUUUGCCACAAUGUUGGGCGCUAGCUGUCUAGACUGUUAAAAUGUGCAAUGAGCAUAAAACAAUUAUUUAUAUUUAUUUAUUUAUUUAGGAAUUGCCUUGGCAACUCGUUCUCAUUCUGAGAAACGUUUAUCUUAUCCAGGUAGGCCACUUUUAUUUCAACAUCUAAACAAAGUCAACAGGCUAAAAACAGUUGGAGACGGACAGGCUAUGUUCAAACAGUUGGAGACGGACAGGCUAUGUUCAAACAGUUGGAGACGGACAGGCUAUGUUCAAACAGUUGGAGACGGCCAGGCUAUGUUCAAACAGUUGGAGACGGCCAGGCUAUGUUCAAACAGUUGGAGACGGCCAGGCUAUGUUCAAACAGUUGGAGACGGCCAGGCUAUGUUCAAACAGUUGGAGACGGCCAGGCUAUGUUCAAACAGUUGGAGACGGCCAGGCUAUGUUUCAAACAGUUGGAGACGGCCAGCUAUGUUCAAAUGUUCAAACAGUUGGAGACGGCCAGGCUAUGUUCAAACAGUUGGAGACGGACAGGCUAUGUUCAAACAGUUGGAGACGGACAGGCUAUGUUCAAACAGUUGGAGACGGCCAGGCUAUGUUCAAACAGUUGGAGACGGACAGGCGGGUGUAUUCAUUAAGUUCAACCUUGUUAGGGAGCACAUUGGCUAGACUUCAUAUAUAAAGAUUAGCUGGCUACUCACGUGGGCUUGUGCUUUGAAUUGAGACCUGUGUUCAUUUUCUAUAAUAUCUGCUACCAUUUGGUCGUUAUUAGUGGAUUUGCACUGCAUUGUGCACGGCUAUGGUCUAAUUUGUAACAAAAAGGCAUUUUCAUAGACCUACUUGAAAGCAAGAUGAGUGAUAAUUGCAAGAAAAGCAGGUUAAACUAUUUUUAUAAAAUAUUGAAGUUAUUGGUGGGUUUUAUGGCUGUGGAAGCCUUAUAUUUAGCCUCUGUAUAAUUUUACAAGCCCUGAAUUCAUUAGAUUAUUCCUGACUGUUUGAAAUGCAGUUUAUUGACCUUUUAAUUGCGCAACAAAGCUUAUUUAGAGAACGUUAAACUAUAUAUAUAUAUAUAUAUAUAUCAUGAAUCGCCCAUACAUUUUCAAAUAUUUAGAUUUGUAGGCCACAUCGCCCAGCGCUAGACGAUUUUUGACAUUUAGCUGAACCAUUGCUCUAGCGUAUUAAAGUUACCAUAGAACAAACCAGGCUUCAUUUUAUGGUAGUCAUGAUGAGGUAAAAGGAAAUGGCUAGUGGCUAAAAAAGUUGAUAAUUCCCUGGGGAGUUGCUUCUUGCCUGGAACUCAGUGGCUCAGUGCCGUCAUGCAACAAAAAAUAAUAUCACCGAUUUUAAAGCUACGGCGACUAUUUCAGAAUGUAUCUGUUACUACAAUUUCAGGUAAAAACUCAAUAAAACAAGUCUCAAUAAGGAAAAUGUCUACUUUUCAGCUGUUUCAAAAACGUUGUUCUAUUACAAUUUGUACUGUGAGAGUGUUGGCUCAACAAAACAAUUCUGUUUACAGAGUUAAGAGGGGGGUAACUGCCGGGCUAGUGUCGUGCGCUACCUCUGGAGGUAGAAGUCGAGAAGUGACAAGUUCGCUAUUUUACAUUGCGGUAAUAUGUGUAACCGGGGGUAUUUUUGUGCGAUAUAAAAAAAAAACAUUAUUCUUUGUUUACUCUGACAUGUCGCGACCCACCAUUUUAAGAUGUCCGCUACCCACUUUUGGUCUAGGGCAGGGACGAUACCAGUGUCAUGAUACUCGUUAGUAUCGUGGCAAGGAAACAAAACAGGAAGUGGAUUUGACUUCUUUAGGAAAACAGCCCUAAUGUUGGAAACAAACAUCAUUGUUGUCAUCCAGAGUCACAUUUAUUUUCCAAGCUCUAUAGCACACAAUAUUUUACAUACAGCAGGUUGGACCAAAGAGUUAGUUCUACUUUGUGUUUUCAUUUUUGCCAUGUAAAAAAUUGCUAUACUGGUAUCGCCCUUACUUGGGUCCGUGACCCAUACUUUAAGAAAGCUGCUUGACCCACCAUUAGCAUGUCCUUUGCGACCCAUACUUUAAGAAAGGCUACUUUAUGAUAGUGCACAUAUCACAUAUUUUUAUAAGCAUCGUUUCCAUCAUUGUGCUUCUUGGAUGCUACUUGUCUUGUGUAGUGUCUUACUGACUGUCCUUCUUGCUCUGUAGAAGGAAAGGCUGCAGCCGCGACCCCUAAGGCAGCCGCGACCCCUAAGGCAGCCGCGACCCCUAAGGCAGCCGCGACCCCUAAGGCAGGGUCGACUGCCAAAGCAGCAGCAGCUCAGAAGAAGGCUGAGAGCAGCAGCAGUGAGGACAGCUCCAGUGAAGACGAAGCGCCCACUAAGGUACUGAAACUGAUCCACAACACACCACCUCUCCACCAGGGGUGUAUUCAUUAGUCGCACACCGUUGCAAAACCGUUUUGCACCGGAAACGGGAGUUUCUAUUGGAGAAAUUGAGGUAGUUCCCUCCCUGUUUCGUUUUCUUCUGUUUGAUUUCCUAGUGAAUACACCCCAGGACUGCUGUCUGUUUGGUUCCGUUUGGGUCCUAGUGAAUACACCCCAGGACAGGUGUUCACGUUACCAUGGGAGCUGUGUUGCCAGUGACAGUUUCCCUUCCUAGGCGUGGCACAGCAUCUCCUUGUUCUGACAAACCAGCCUUGUCAUACGAUGCAGGAGUGGAAGAUUGGCCAUAAACUAUAUAUUGUGGAGUAAAAUGUGUGUAUUGUUUUGGGAAAUUAAAGAAGAAGAAAAAAAACAAAGGCCCCAACAGUCAACAGUGAAACUCAGUCAUAAAAUAUGUAAGUUGUAGCUUUUUCAUGAAGAUGUGUAAUUACAAAAACUACCACGGCACUCUUCAUAUUUGGUUCGAGUUAAAAAUGCCUUUUAUUAUUUUGGCGUGUCCACAAGGACAAUUUUAAAACCCCACAUUUACGACUUUUCGUCUGCUUUGCUUUCUUCAGUGUCUACGAAGUAGCCAGAUAAGGGAAACUUUUGCUGCCAGUACUGACCCAGUCUCUCCUAACAGACCCCAGCGAAGGCCCCUGGCCCUGGCAAGACCCCUCCAGCGAAGGCCCCUGCCUCUAGCAGUGAUGACUCUUCGUCAGACGAAGAGGAGGCUCCUCCCAGCAAGAAGACCAAACCAGGUGUGUGUUUCUGCAUAGUAGUAUCCAACUGUGUUUUUUUAUAUUUAUCAGUAUCACAGGUUAUUAAGAGAGAGAGAGAGUAGACACCGACGGUAAUGUUUUAUCGAGACAAUCACAUGGUAUGUUUGUUUACAAAGAGAACAUGGAGCAAACAGAAGUGACUUCCACUGUCGAACAGCACAAGAGGUGAUUUAAGAUACACUUGAAAUUCACUAAUGUUUGCCAGCUAAAUAUCUUAUAACUAAGUUAACUUUCUAAGCUCAGGGCUCUAGUUAUGCUUUUUGUUUGCAAAUUUUCUAGCUAUAGGUGGCUAGCUUGCAAUAUCAUGCUUCUUAUCAAUCAAUAUCAUGCUUCUUAUCAAUCAAUAUCAUGCUUCUUAUCAAUCAAUCCCCUCGUGGAUCGAGUGUGAGUAGCCUUUUGAGAUUUAGGGCCCCAAAUUCUCAUUUUUUUGCUUGAUUCCUUUUUCUCUCUCAAAUUCAGUUUUCUCCUUUUUGAUGGUUUUCCAGGUUUUCGUUUUAAUCUGAGUUUUUUUUUUCUCCAGGUUUUGUCUCAAACUUUUUUUAUAAUAAGAACGUCCACAACAAUGCUUAAACCGCAUCAGGAGACCAAUUUUGAAGUCUGGGAAAAAAUUGAAGACGUUUGGAUUUUUGGGUGUAGUUACCCUUUAAUGCAAAUCUGCACUAACAAGAGACCGUUGUUUGGUUAGCGACGUUUCUGUAGCGCUCAUGUGAAUGCAGAGUUUGCUAAACAAAUGGCUACUGGAUUGAUGCAAAUAAUCAUGAGAAUAUCAUUCUGUCAGGUCGGCAUACGCUACUUUUGUAGUUAACAUUUACUUGAGAAGGUUUUUGGGAAAGCCGUGCCAACUCUACCAGAGGAAGGUUAACGUUAGCAUCAUCGCUAACGACUACACAAAAUAUAGACGUACGUGCCCACCGCAGACACACACAGACGGGCAUUCCUGUGCUGUUUCAGGAAGUUGCAGGACGAUACGAAUCACUGACUCGUUUUUUUUUUUUCUUAUGAUUAAUUAACUUGGGCAAAGUAAUGCAUUUUCUAAUAAGUUUAACACAUUUAGUUGAUUUUCUAAGUUCAAUAUGUGUUUGAAUAUUGUUGAAUUCCUUUUUAAUGUCUGGAUUCCGUCUGCGUUCUCUGGAUUUUAUAGGGCCUUAAAUAUAACUUUAUGAGCUGGGGUUGUCUUUCCUUGCAUUUAGUUUGCUUGCUUGCGCCUGUUAGCAUUUAGCUAGGGUCCGCUAUGGACAUGUUCUUGUACUUUGUUAGCAUACUUAUCAUUUAAAACAUUUUAGUUUAGAAGGAAAUAGCGCCCCUUGUUUGCAGUGCCGGUAGUACCGUAUACUCCGGUGUGGUACAGGAACGGUAUGGAAAUCUGUGUACCGCCCAACCCUAAUGACCAGUGGUGUAGUGGAAGGUCAAUUCAAACUCAAUUUACCCACCUUGUUAUACUGUGAAAUAGUUUACCCACCUAUAACACUAGAUAAGUGUUUUUAGCAUUACAGUUUAACCACAUAUACACCCACGGCACCAUACACCCACGGCACCAUACACCCACGGCACCAUACACCCACGGCACCAUACACUAUUUGUUUCUUGCUCUCCAUCCCUACUAAUGGUGUGUGUGUGUGUGUGUGUAGGUGCAUACAGUGCAGUCCCACCCCCUGGAGCUGCAGUGAAGAAGGUCCUGGCUCCUACAGUGGCCAGUAAGGCCAAAAAGGACCACUCCUCAGACAGCAGUGAUGACAGCAGUGAUGACAGCAGUGAUGAGGAGGAGAAGAAGGUGUCAGGUAACAAACUGCUGAACCCUGGGACGUGUCAGAAUACCCGUACUUGCUUUAAAAUAGAAAGUUUUAUAGUUUGUUAAAUUUCAUUUAGACUUUUCAUCUAGUCAAAUUCCUUGCACACUAUUGAGGAAGAGAAUUGUCUUUUCACACUUUGACCACAGCUGAUAAUCAGCUCUACGAGCAUUAGUGGCGGGGGAACAAGCGCGAUUUUGCGUUAGAUGACACCUUCUCAGUGCGGAUGAGUAGUAUGCUGAUAUUUGUUGCUUACUGCAUAAGUUUUUUACUAAACAGUAUGUUGUAAGUAGUAUGAUUAGUACACAGUAUUUCGUUUUAGUAAGUGGCGGCGGCGGCAUUUUACGUGUAGCUCAGUUGGUAGAGCACGGCGCUUGCAACAUCCAGGGUUGUGGGUUUGAUUCCCACGGGGGGGCCGGAAUGAAAAGAAAAAAAACGAUGUAUGCACUCACUAACUGUAAGUCGCGCUGGAUAACAGCGUCUGCUAAAUUACUGAAAAUGUCAAACUGCAAAAUACACUAAAGAAUAUACUUUAGUAUUCACAUACUGUAGCUCUUCAUUAUACAUUUCGAGUUGCAUAAAUACAAAGCACGUGCCGAAGGACCAUGUAUAGCUAGCCGUGCCACUAGAGAUCCUGGUUCGAAUCCAGGCUCUGUCGUAGCCGGCCGCGACCGGGAGACCCAUGGGGGGCGGCGCACAAUUGGCCCAGCGUCGUCCAGGGUAGGGGAGGGAAUGGCCGGGCAGGGAUGUAGCUCAGUUGGUAGAGCAUGGCGUUUGCAACGCCAGGGUUGUGGGUUCGAUUCCCACGGGGGGCCAGUAUGAAAAAUAUAAAUAAUGUAUGUACUCACUAACUGUAAGUCGCUCUGGAUAAGAGCGUCUGCUAAAUGAGUUAAAUGUAUCUGACAUGACGCCAAACCAGAUGGAUAAUUACCAUAUGAGUACCAGCUAGCCAAUUCCUUUCAUUACUCUAACAACGUGCAAACUCCUACAAUAAGAAAAGCAUAUUACACUAGAAACAGUAACAAACUAUAGCAUAGUAUGUUUUACAAUUCGCUUACAUGACGCACGAGCAAACUAAUACAGCUGACGACAUAUACAUGAAAGGCGAAGUAAUUUGCGUGAGUAAAUGUAAGUAACCAACUAACAUUGAUAAGUAAGCAAUUCUAUCAAUAACAACAUGCUUGAAUUGAACUUACAAACAAAUAUUUUCAGAGACUGAAGCGUGACAAGAAAUGGCUGCACAGAAAAUAACCGUAGUGUUGUUUUUAGCUGCUGGUCUGCGUGCAGAAUGACUUCUCUACUCACGGUAUUUGUGCAGUCUUUCUGCUCCACUAGGGGGCGAUAAACACCAUGGAACACAAUGAAAGUCACUCUUAACCACUAAAAUAAAAUAAUCUGUUACCUUCUAACAGGAUGGCAGCACACAUGGCAACCUAUAUUUGAAGGUUUUACCUGUGAUGCGUGACCGUCUACCUACUUUACUUUAGUUGAAUGCACUGAUUGCUAGUCGCUCCGGAUAAGAGCGUCUUCUAAAUGACUCAUUUCCAAUUUUAAACGGCUCCUCUUUAUCGUCAAUAGCUAAAGCAGCCCCCUGAGAGAUCUCUGACGUUACAUUACUCUCCUCCGCUAAAGCAGCCCCUGUGAAGGCCACCCCAGCAAAGACUGUGACCCCUAAACCUGCAGCUGCUGCGAAGAAGGCCGAGUCUAGCUCCGAGUGCACAGGUAGGUACUAAGAUUUAACAUUUAAGUCAUUUAGCAGACACUGUUAUCCAGAGCAACUUUCAGGCGCAGUUAGGGAUAAGUGCCUUGUUCAAGGGCACAUCGACAGAUUUUUCACCUAGUCGGCUCAGGGAUUAGAACCAGCGACCUUUCUUUCACCGCUGAAGUCCUGCCUAGUAACAGAAAUGUAUUGGCAGUCCAGAUGUGCAAGGAGGAGACUCUGCCUAGAAGGAGGGUAUAAAUAUAUGUGCUUGUGUAAACAGGUCUUUUUGUCUUUUCAGCUGUUUGACCCAGUGGGUGAAUACGCUUGGUUUGAACUUUGACUAGUCCUCCAUUUUGAGUUUUUACUCUGUCAGAACCUAACAAUACCUAACCAUCUUUCCUAUAGUGUUGCCAUAAUAUUUGAAUUGAGGAAGUGUGAUCAUAAGCAUUAGGAUAUUUUAGCGAUCCGCAGUAUGUCCUAAAUGCUCACCAGCCUUCAGAUGUGAGUACAAUUACACUUGAGAUUCAUUUUAAGGCUAUGGAUGUGAAAGUUGUAAGUUACCAUUUCGAAACGUUUUGGUCAGUUGUAUGCUGCUGCUUUGCGAUCUAUUAACAGCAAGGGUUGUGUUAAAUAGGCUCAAUAUUUUUUACUGAUGCAUUUGGCAAUAUUCAAUUUAUACGCACAAAACAUAUAAACUAAAGUAUUCACUGUGAGAGUUGCUAGGAUACAUGUAGGCCGUUCAUAUAUAUAGUUUAUGUGCAGCACUUAGUUCAAUUUAUCGAAUCAGUUAUUAUUAUUAUUUUUUGCGCAAACCGCGAGCAACACAUGUCAAACUCAAGACAUUUCUCUCAAACACAGGGAUGUCGAUUCGCACGGGACUAGUAUUAUCAGAGGGAAAAAAACAGUAGGUUAUUCUGGCUGGAAUUGUUACUCUCCUGCCAUGUAUAAAUGACUGACAUGGCAGAUUGGGACGGGACUAAAAUGACAGAUGUGGUGUUUUGUGUUUGUGCGCAUAAUUACAUUACCCAACCCCCCCCCCCCCCCCCCCCCCAGUAAAACAAAUCCCAUCCCAAUGGGGCACAAUAGGGCCUGACCUAUAGCGUCAUAAUCAAAUCAAUAAAUUGGUAAAAAAAAAAAAAAAAAAAAUCUGAACACGGUAACACUUGACAGCAAAAUGGUUGCAGAGGACGUUACAAAUAAACUAAAAAUGGGGGAAUGUUUACUGGUUGCUCAGGAGGUAAAGGGGAAUGUUUACUGGUUGCUCAGGAUGUAAAGGGAAAUGUUUACUGGUUGCUCAGGAGGUAAAGGGGAAUGUUUACUGGUUGCUCAGGAGGUAAAGGGGAAUGUUUACUGGUUGCUCAGGAUGUAAAGGGGAAUGUUUACUGGUUGCUCAGGAGGUAAAGGGGAAUGUUUACUGGUUGCUCAGGAGGUAAAGGGGAAGUCAGAUGUGUGGAAUAAAUGUGAAAAUACUGGAGAUCAAGUAAAAGAAGGUAAGGAGCAAGCGCCGCCCAGUACAUCACUGGGGCCAAGCUUCCUGCCAUCCAGGACCUCUAUACCAGGCGGUGUCAGAGGAAGGCCCUAAUAAUUUUCAGACUCCAUUCACCCUAGUCAUAGACUGUUCUCUCUGCUGCCACACGGCAAGCGGUACCGGAGCGCCAAGUCUAGGUCCAAGAGGCUUCUAAACAGCUUCUACCCCCAAGCCAUAAGACUCCUGAACAGCUAAUCAUGGCUACCCGGACUAUUUGCACCCCCACCCCAUCUUUUUACGCUGCUGCUACUCUGUUAAUUAUUUAUGCAUAGUCACUUUAACUCUACCCACAUGUACAUAUUACCUCAAUUACCUCGACUAACCGGUGCCCCCGCACAUUACACCGGUACCGGUACCCCCCUGUAUAUAGCCUCACGAUUGUUAUUUGUACUGCUGCUCUUUAAUUAUUUGUUACUUUUAUUAAGUAUUAUUUUAUAUUGUAUUCUUUUGUGAUUUUUUUUUGGGGGGGGUAUUUUUUCUUAACUGCAUUGUUGGUUAAGGGCUUGUAAGUAAACAUUUCACUGUAAGGUCUACACCGGUUGUAUUCGGCGCAUGUGACAAAUAACAUUUGAUUUGAAUGAAGCGCUUAAGGAACCUCAUGGGCACCCUUAACCUUUUCACUUAAUUUAAGGGGGAAAUUCGCCUUAAAAUGUUGUGUGCAACUGACUUAAAGUUAAGGGAAAAGAUAACUGGAAAUUUGACUUUUUAAGAUGAUUUAUGCAACCGGCCCAGUACCCCAACAGCCCUCCCCCAGUACCCCAACAGCCCUCCCCCAGUACCCCAACAGCCCUCCCCCAGUACCCCAACAGCCCUCCCCCAGUACCCCAACAGCCCUCCCCAGUACCCCAACAGCACACGUUUUUGUUGUAGUCCCGGACAAACUCACCUGAUUCAACUAAUUGAGGGCUUGAUGAUGAUUAGUUGACAAGUUGAGUCAGGUAUGUUCAGGGCUACAACUAAAAUGUGUACUGUUGGGGGGGGGGGGGGGUUACUGGGGUUGAGAAACUGUUCUAGCGCAACGGUAAACACAGCCAUUAAUACAUCUUCAUCCGGUUUUCCACGUGUAGUUUGAAUAACAAAACACAAUCAUCAUGUUGAUUUUGUUGCGAAAACGUUUCUUAAAUGGAAGCAAAAGGAAUCAAACGGGAGGAACCUAGCUGAAUUUGUCCAAUAGAAACUCUCGUUUUUAGUUGCAAAACGUUCUGUUUGGUCUAAUGAUUACAUCCCUGAGUUGAGGUUGCAUAAUGUUGGUGUUUUUAUUUUAAAGUUGAAGUGAACAUCGGUCUCAUUGCUUCUCUUGUUCCUCUCUUAGACUCUGAAGAUGAAGAAGAAGCAAAGAAAUCAGCAGCUAAAGUUGUAACACCUAAGGUUACUCCAGCUAAAGCCACCCCAGCUAAGGCUGUCCCGGCAGAAGACUCUUCCUCGGACUCGAGCUCAGAGGAUGAUGAUGAUGAUGAAGAAGAGGGGACAGUGAAAGUAGCACCAGCUAAGGCGGCGACUCCUACGGUGACCCGAGGCAAGGCUGCAGAAUCCUCCUCUGACUCAAGCUCAGAAGAUGAGGAAGAAGCUAAGAAGCCUGGUGCCAAGGUCACUCCAGCCAAGACUGCCCCUGCUAAGAAAGCCGACUCGUCAAGCUCAGGUAAAAUAGACUAAAUAGGACUGAGUCAUUUUAGAACUGGUUGCUAGAGAAGACUGAGUCCCAGAUCUGCUUGCGCACGUCUUGGCAACUCCUAUGUCAUUGAUGAGUUGGCAAGACAACACAGAAUGAUCUGGAACUCAGGCUAGAGAAGAAUAUGCUUGGUUUGUUUCAAUAUACACAGGGUUGAUGUUACAAAAAACGUUAAACGAUGCAGUAUAUUGCUAAUCAUUCUCGAUGUUCUGCUCAGGGUCAGUAGUUGGCUAGAUAGACGUCACAAACAGGAGAACUAUCAGAUCUAAGGUCCAUGUUGCUUCUGUUCUCACCCAGCACCUGUUGGUUAGAUGCUACUCUGACAUUUUUUAAAUUUAAAUAGUGGAUGCAAUCGAAACUAAGUUGAAAGUUGUCAGUUACCUUGUGUGUAAAAUAUUGAGUUCUUUUAACCACGGUUUGUUGGCUGUUCUUCAUUUUAUACUUUUGUCAUCUACAAUUAGAAAAACAUUAGUUCAUGUUACAUUUCUAUUACUAACUUGGCUGGGACUUUAAUAUCAAACAUAACCACAGACUCUAACUGAAUCUACCUCCAUUUUGAAUGCUGACUUGUUCCCGUCUGUCUGUCCUGUAGACUCUGACAGCAGCUCUGAGGACGAGGUACCAGCUACCAAGAAGCCUGCAGCCGCCCCCAAGGCCCCAGCCAAACCUGCUGCAGAAGGCAGCUCCGACUCCGACUCUUCUGAAGAUGACGAACCCCCAGCUAAGAAGGCUAGCCAAGCCCCUGUUGCUAAACCAGCCUCCAAACCAGCCACCCCCGUGGUGACCAAACUAGCCCCAACCAAACUAGCCCCAACCAAGGCUGCAGCCGAGAGCAGCUCCGAUUCUGACAGCGACAGCUCGGACUCAGAGGACGAGGUCGCCACAGCCAAAAAGACCACCAAACCUGCAGCCGCAGUCAAGACUCCUGCUUCAGCCACAACGCCUGCAGCCAAGAGUCCUGCAGCCAAGGGCCCUGCAGCCAAGGGCCCUGCAGCCAAGGGCCCUGCAGCCAAGGGCCCUGCAGCCAAGGGCCCUGCAGCCAAGGGCCCUGCAGCCAAGGGCCCUGCAGCCAAGGGCCCUGCAGCCAAGAGCCCUGCAGCCAAGGGCCCUGCAGCCAAAGCUGCGGAGUCCAGCAGCAGCGACGACAGCUCUAGUGAUGAGGAAGAGGUGGCCAGUAGAAAGACUGUUACCCCGGUCUCCACCCCGAAGACAGCCAAGGAGGACAGCAGCAGCGACGACAGCUCUAGUGAUGAGGAAGAGGUGGCCAGUAGAAAGACUGUUACCCCGGUCUCCACCCCGAAGACAGCCAAGGAGGACAGCAGCUCAGCAGACCACUCUUCUGAGGAAGAGGCGACGAACGCACCGGAAGCAGUCACUACUCCCAUCACUAACGGUAAGCUUUGA